UGGCCAAAGAAUGGAUGAAUUGUCUGAACUGGAAGCAUGUCGUAUUUGUGUAAAAUGUUAUCGUAUGGCCGAAAUGGAUUUCAUCUCCCUAUUCCAUGAUAAUGAGGAGUUUCAAACGGAGCUGGACUUUAUAAGGGGUGAAAUAUGUCAAUGGAAGUUGAAGAUAGAACCUGAAGAUGGUUUGCCACAGCGUAUCUGUGCCGAUUGUUUUGCGAAAUUUUGCAGCAUUGAUGCUUUUCGCAAGGAGUGUGAAAUGGCCCAGCAGAAGUUAUUGCAAUCGAUACUCAAUGCUGAUAAGGCGGAAGAGAAUCGACAACAACAACAAUCUUUGUUAGGAUCCUCAUCAUCCGCGAUAAUGGGAGGAAAUGAUGUGGCGUUAAAUGAUUAUCAGGUGUUUGAACCGCAAUUUGAUAAUUUCGUAAAUUCCCCCACCCCAUCAACACCACCACCACCACCUCUGAUGAUGGACAGUUCGGCCACUUUGUUGGCCAGCAAUUUGAUAACACGGGAACCCGACAAUGAUAUGGACUUCCUAACAUCCGCAUCACCAACAUCACAGAAUCUCUUUAGUUUUGAAACAGCCGAGCCACCCACAACGGGAACACUGCCAUUAGAGACUGAGACUGAAACUGCUACUCCUAUUUUGGAUGAACUUAUGGAGGGUAAUGGUGUGGGUGUAGGCGGUGCAGGAGGCAAACAUGAUCUCGAAGAUAUAUUACGCAGCAGUAUCAUACCGACAACCACCUCUCAACAACAAAAAUGUGCUAAAUUACUAAUGAUGAUCACCAGCAGCAGCAGUGAAGAUGUUGCCAACACCUCGGACAAUGAAUGCGACGAUGCCAAUGUCAAUAAACGCCUCAAAGGCUUGCCAUAUACCUGUCAUUAUUGCUACUGUCCCGACAUUGGACCCAUCGAUCAUUUAAGCUUCCCCAACGAAGAUGCCCUAUCGCAACAUUUCUUUGACAUCCACGAUCCAAAUCGCCCCUACACCUGUCCCCAUUGCAGUAAUUCGUAUAAAACCCAAAAGUUACGCGACAAUCAUAUCCGAUUGAAUCACGAACUGAAUAAAUCGAAAUGUAAUUUUUGCCAUAAAAAUUUACGCGGCGCAGCGGAUAUUCAUCAAUUCCAUUGCCAGCAUGUUGGAGAUUGGGAAUGUGAUCAGUGUAAGGAGAAAUUUUUAAAUGUACCGUUGCAUCGUUUUCGUUUACACCAAAGACAACAUGAUCGCGGAAGGCAUUUGAAAUGUUCGGUAUGUCAUAGGACAUUUAUGCGCAAGGCGAAUUUGGAGGCGCAUGAGAAAAUGCAUCGGAAUCAGGUGAAGACCCAGUGGCAUUGCAGUCCGUGUAAGACAAAUUUCUUAACCAAUUACGACCUGAGGCGCCACAAUUAUCAGCAUCACGAUGAUGAGACCCCGGUCAAAUGCAAGGAAUGUAAUCAGGGCUUCUCCAGCAUUGCCUUUAUGCAACGGCAUAUUGCACAGAUUCACAACAACAACAAUAACAACAAACCGAAAGUCAGCAACACAACAACGGCGACAACAACUCCACAACCCCCAACAGCAGGUGGAAAUAUUCACAUCUGCCACAAAUGUAAUGCCUCAUUUGCCACACUCGAUUCCCUACAAUGGCACAUGGAGUUAAGUAAUAAAAAUAAUGGACAAUGUCUAUCGCCGGAUAUUUUACUCGAUAGUAAGGAACGACGUCGUAUACAACGUCAGGGAGUAUUCCCCUGUUUUGUGUGUCCCAAACGUUUUCAUUUACGCUCACAACUUGAUAAACACUUGAAUACACACGACACCCGGUUGAGACCAUUCCAAUGUGAUCAAUGCUAUAUGCGCUGCCGCACCGCUGUGGAGUUAAAACAGCAUGUCGAUGUGGCCCAUCUGAAUAUCAAAGCCUUUUCCUGUGACAAAUGUGGCAAAUGUUUUGGCUAUAAAAAGGAUCUACGGGAUCAUAUGCUGUUCCAUGCGGAGGUCAAUGUCCAUUGCACUGAAGAGGGUUGUGAUUAUGUUUGUAAAAAUGAAAAGGCCCUUAACGAUCACAUACGCCACAAGCAUCGCCUGUUGUCGUGUGAAUAUUGUCGUGAGGAAUUUACUCGGCAAAAAUUAACGGUGCUUGGUGGUGAUGGUCAUGGCUUUCAAUCAACAUCACCGUCAUCAUCAAAAAUCACAAGAAUUUCAGCGGCCAAUAUAACAACAACCCCAUCACCAUUAUCAUCACCCACAACUAAUCGUCAUGUUUUCCUAACCGAUCACAAUUCGAAUAAUUUAACUUUGAAUAAUUUUAUUGCCAAUACAUCGUCGAAUGACUUGAAUCUCAGUGUCAAUGCCGAUGCCUCGAAUAGCAUGUAUGUGGUAACAACGGCCACCGACACGCCCGUGACAGCCUCCUCCAUUAACGAAAGCGAUACAAAUUUGGAUCAAUAUUUUAUGGCCUCACUAAUGGAUACGGAACAGGAGAUAACUGUUACCUAA